AUGCUGCUCUCGCACGGCGCUGACGCCAACGCCGCGGACUCGUACGGACAGACUUCCCUGCACUACGCGGCUUACUCUGGCCGGCUGAACAUCAUGCGACUGCUACUGGAGGCCGGCGCCGUCCCCAAUGUCGCCCACACGAAGAGUGGAGAGACGCCGCUGAUGUAUGCGGCGUGGGUGGGCGAGGAGGCGAUGGUGCAGAUGCUGCUCUCACACGGCGCCGACGCCAACGCCACGGACUCGUAUGGAUGGACCUCCCUGCACAUCGCGGUUUGCUCUGGCCGGCUGGACAUUGUGCGCCUGCUACUGGAGGCCGGUGCAGAUCCAAGCGUUGCCGAUACGGAGAGCGGGAUGACGCCGCUGAUGAUGGCGGUGAGGAAGGGCAACGAGGCAGCGGUGCAGAUGCUGCUCUCACACGGCGCCGACCCCAACGCCGCGGACUCGCAAGGACAGACCUCCCUGUACUACGCGGCUACCUCCGUGUACUUCGAGGCUAGCUCUGGCCGGCUGAACAUCAUGCGACUGCUACUGGAGGCCGGUGCAGAUCCAAACGCCGCCGAUACGAAGAGCGGGAGGACGCCGCUGAUGAGGGCGGUGGUGCAGAUGCUGCUCUCACACGGCGCUGACGCCAACGCCGCGAGCUUACAAGGACAGACCUCUCUGUACUAUGCGGCUACCUCCGGGUACGACAGGGCUAGCUCUGGCCGGCUGAACAUCAUGCGACUGCUACUGGAGGCCGGCGCCGUCCCCAAUGUCGCCCACACGAAGAGUGGAGAGACGCCGCUGAUGUGUGCGGCGAGGAUGGGCGUGGAGGCGGUGGUGCAGAUGCUGCUCUCACACGGCGCCGACGCCAACGCCGCGGACUCGCACGGACAGUCCCUGUACCACGCGGCUUGCUCUGGCAGGCUGGACAUCGUGCGCCUGCUACUGGAGGCCGGUGCUGAUCCAAACAUCGCCGAUACGGAGAGUGGAGAGACGCCGCUGAUGAUGGCGGUGAGUAAGUGCGAGGAGGCGACGGUGCAGAUGCUGCUCUCACACGGCGCCGACGCCAACGCCGCGAACUCGAAUGGAGAGACCUCCCUGCACUACGCGGCUUACUUUUGCCGGCUGGACAUCGUGCGCCUGCUACUAGAGGCCGGCGCAGACCCCAACGUUGCCGCGACGGAAGAAAUGAAGAGUUUCACCGCGUUACACUACUCCUGUGAUCGACUUAAAACCGAGAUGAUUACUCUCCUCUUGAAACACGGAGCUGAUCCGAACCUCGUCGAUUGUAACAAGAGGACGCCGCUCGCUAUAAUAGGCAACCAGGCGGAGGUGAGAAGCACCAGAAUGAGUGAGCGAGGAGCACACGCAGCACCAGCAGAACAAGCGGAGUCAGUGGUACAAGCGGCGUCAGCUCUCCUACAGACGUUCGAGUCCGCCGGCGUACUUCUACAGGUUAACACACGCGACAGCGAGGGCGACACCCCGCUGCACAGCUUCUGUAGGGCGAUGCUCGCAUGCAAAGACGAUGUUUACGCGCGACAGAGGGAGGGGUGCGUGCAGAUAGUGCACGCGCUGCUGUUCAACCACGGUGCACACGUCGACAUGGUGAACGCACGGGGAGAGACGCCAUACGAACUCUGGCGCCGGAUUAACCCGACGCGUUUCCGCGGCAACGUGGAGUCGAGCGACGAGAUACAUGGCAGAAUGAGCGCGCAGUAUCAUUCGCUGAAGUGCCACUGCGCGCGCGUUAUCGUCACACACAGCGUUGCAUACGAGAACACGCUGCAGCUGCCUCUGAGUCUCAUAGAAUUUGUCAGGGCACACGCUAGACCAAUGUAGGCGACACUAAGCGUGUUAACCGAUGAAGCCCAUGUAGGAUCGGAGAUGCGAUAACCUAGAAGAUAUUAUCAAUACUUUGUAGAUCUAUGUUCUAAUUGUUGCACGUGUUGGAUGAUGUGUUUCAUUGCAAUGUAAAUUCGAGUAUAUGUAGUAACACUAUUCAGUUUAUAUAGAAAUGUGUAGAUUAUCGGUAUGAUGCCUUGUUGAAUUGGCGAGAUUUAAUAACCACGAGUGCAAAUGUUAAAAGUUUGCAAAUCAUUUUGCUCUGUAAAAAAAUGUAAAGGCUUAGUUGCGUUCUGAAUAUUUAAAAAAAACAAAAAAAAACAACUAUUUUACCAUGAAAUGUACGCAAUUCGGUAAAGUACUUAUUACCACCAGAAUCACAUAUUUGAUUGUGGCUACCACACACCACCAAUAAUUAUAAUCAUUAAUGACCCACUGUUCAACCGAUCCACUUGUCAUAAUGUACCCAUUAAUAGGGUAUAUAUAUACUAUAGACUGUAUAUGCAGUCCAACCAUAGACUGAAGGGACAAUACGCCUUAGACUUAUCUAAUAUAUAGUUGAGUUCGCAUGUAUCUAUGUAUGUAUGUAUG